AUGGUGGCGGCGCAGCAGCAGCAGCAGCAGCGGCGGUGCUGGGGGGUGCCGCUGCUGCUGGCGGCAUACGUGGGGUACCUGGGCAUGGGCGCCGCCGUGCUGCAGGCGCUGGAGCGGCCGGUCGAGGUGCAGGUGGCCCAGCGCCUGCUCCGGGAGUACUUGGGGCUGCUGGCCAACCACACCUGCCUGCAGGAGCCCGUCUUACAGCGGCUCAUCGAGGGUAUCAUCCAAGCCUACAAGAGUGGCAUAACUCUCCAGGGAAACACCACUAGCCUGGGCAGGUGGGACUACAGUGGGUCUUUCUUCUUCUCCAUCUCUGCAAUAACAACCAUUGGCUAUGGCAACCUGAGUCCCAGCACUGCAGUUGGUCGAAUUUUCUGCAUAGUGUUUGCACUUUUUGGGAUCCCCUUGAACCUUGUACUCCUGAAUGAAAUUGGACAGUUGAUGCUGCUUGGGGUUCAGCAUUGUGCCCACCGCCUAGAGGAGGUGUUUCACUGGCAGAAUAAAGCUUCCUUCCUGAUGAAGACCUGUGCACUGGUAAUUGGCUUGUUAUUGUUCCUCCUGCUACCUCCCUUGUUAUUCUCUGACAAAGAAGGCUGGUCUUAUGAAGAAGGCUUCUACUAUUCCUUCAUUACCCUCAGCACUAUAGGGUUUGGGGACUAUGUGAUUGGGAUGAACCCAGAUCGCACCUAUCCAAGCUGGUACAAGAAUGUAAUCUCUCUGUGGAUCCUCUUUGGGAUGGCCUGGCUAGCACUGGUUAUCAAAUUUUGCAUCAACAUUCUAGAGAGCUCCAGUGACUUCUGUCAAUGCAACAAGAAGAACACUGUGAUGGCAGAAGACUUAAUGGAUGGUAAAACAAAUAAUAUGGCUGGACUUCAAAAUAUGGAGAUCUGCACUGACAAAGACAAAAACAAAAGGACCAGUUGA